GCACUUUGGAUCUUGGAAUUUGGGAUUUAUUUUUCUGUCAUUUUGUUGCGAUUCUUUGUCGAAUUUAUUAACUUAAACUUUUAAAAAUUUUUUUAAGGAUACCUAUUCUUUUAUAAUGAAUCAAUUUGGAAUAAUAGUGAGAAACUUUUCAUGCUCAAGCGCGGUACAAGGUGCAAUAAAAAAUGUUACCGUAAUUGGGGGUGGUCUAAUGGGUUCGGGAAUUGCCCAGGUGAGUGCCCAGGUGGGUCAGAAUGUGACCCUGGUGGAUGUGAGCAGUGACGUGCUGGCUAAAGCCCAAAAGUCCAUCGGCAACAACCUUGGCCGAGUUGCAAAGAAAUUAUACAAGGACAAACCUCAAGAGGGUGAGAAGUUUGUGUCCGAGUCCUUAGCGAGGAUCAAGACUUCCACUGAUCCAGUCGAAGCUUCGAAAACAUCUGAUCUGGUUGUGGAAGCUAUUGUUGAAAAUAUUGAUGUGAAGCAUAAACUUUUUAAGCAGUUGGAUGAGGCUGCUCCGAAUCAUACAAUCUUUGCAUCCAACACAUCUUCAUUAUCAAUAAAUGAAAUUGCCUCUGUUGUGAAAAGGAAAGACAGAUUUGGCGGUCUACAUUUCUUCAACCCGGUACCUGUUAUGAAGCUUUUGGAAGUAAUCAAAGGCGCGGAGACCUCUGAAGCGACCUUCAACGCCAUGAUGGAGUGGGGCAAGGAAGUGGGCAAGACGUGCGUCACCUGCAAGGACACCCCCGGGUUUAUUGUCAACAGGCUGCUGGUGCCGUACCUUUGUGAAGCUAUCAGGCUGUAUGAGAGAGGAGACGCGUCAGCUAGGGACAUCGAUAUUGCCAUGAAAUUGGGCGCCGGCUAUCCCAUGGGUCCGCUGGAGUUGGCCGACUACGUCGGUCUGGACACCAACAAGUUCAUUUUAGACGGCUGGCACAAGAAGUUCCCUGAUCAGCCCCUCUUCAAGCCAAUCCCCUUACUGAACAAACUAGUGGCCGAAGGAAAGCUCGGUAUCAAAACUGGCGAAGGGUUCUACAAGUAUGAUAAGAAAUAAAUGUAUUUUUAAUAUAUUAUAAAUAUUUUUUGUAACGAAUGUUGAAUGUAUUAUAUACCUCUUUCUACCCCAUAAGAGACCAGGCGUGAGUUUGGAUAGUUAGAUAUUUUUUGAUUGUUUACGUAGUGUUUAUAAGAGAGAUAUUGUUAUACUUUAUUAAUAUAAUAAUAUAUUAAUAAUAAAAGCUGAAUCCUA